UUGAAAUCGAAAUAUUCACGUGAUUCACAUUUACUUUAAUAAAUUGAUUGCUUCAUAGAUUUAGUCCGUUAAUAUAUAAAAAGAUUAUUUAUUAUAAAAUGGGAGCAUCAUUGAUUCCAAUAUUAAUUUUUACAAUAUUUUGGGGAGUAAUAGGAAUCGUUUUACCUUUUUUUGUUCCAAAAGGCACUAAUCGUGGGAUUCUUCAGGUUAUGCUUAUGUUGACAGCUUUUACAUGUUGGUUAUUCUGGUUAUGUUGUUAUAUGGCUCAAAUGAAUCCUUUAAUUGGACCAAAACUACCUAGAAAUACAAUUCUUAUGAUGGCACGAGAAUGGAGUCAUGUUCAAUUUGCCGCAACAGAUGAGAUGUAACAGUUGAUCUUCAAUAAUUACAGAAGAAAUUAAUCAUUUAUUAUUGAUAUAAUGAAUUAUUUUUUUUUUUAAAAAAUUUUGUAACUAG